AUGGCUGCUUCUGACAUUAACAGAAGCUUGGUAAGUGAACUUGAAGCAAUGGGAUUUUCAGAGGCUCGAGCCACCAAGGCUCUUCAUUCUUCCGGUAUGGUCAUCCUUUUGGUGGUGCCAUCGACUGAAUAUUUGCAUACGGUGAACGAUGAAGGAAGGCAUUACACCGUAUGCCUCUUAGAGAGAAAAUGCAGUUGUGGGCGGUUCCAAGUCGACGAAUUACCGUGCCCACACGCUUGGGCUGUCCUGAAGAGCAAGUUUCUAAUGCCAGAAGAUUAUUGCUCUGAUUAUUACAAACCAAAGUCUGUUGUAAUGACAUAUGAGGUACCCGUGUAUCCUUUGCCGGACCGGAAAGAAUGGAAUAUACCAGCACAUAUAGCAGAUGAAGUUUUAUUACCACCCAAAUGGAAAAGACCUCCGUGA